AUGCCCAACACAGUCACCCAAGACAAAUCUGAGUGGGAAGAGGAGGUGGGCAGACAGAGAGCAUUACAGAUCAGUUACAACAACUUGAAAACAGAUCAAGACCAGUUACAGAAAAACUACGACAGUGUGGUUCAAGACAGAGUCCGGCUCCAGAAAAGAGUUGAAGCCUUGACCAAAGAAAAAGAUGAUCUUCAGAAAAAGUUUCAAGUCACCCAAGGCAAAUCUCAGCAGAUGAUGGAGAUGAUGAUGUCAUACAACCGUUACGAAAACUUGACCAGAAAGUGGAAUGAGUUGCAGACCAGUUACAGCAGCCUAACAAUUGAACAACACCAGUUACAGGCCAGGCACAGUAUUCUGAAAAUGGAACGAGACCAGCUACAGAAAAGCUACAACAAUAUGGUGGAAGACAGAGGCCAGCUCCAAAAGAGACUUGAAGACAUGACCAAAAAUAGAGAUGAUCUUCAGAGAAAGUCUGUUGGUUGUCUGGGAGAAUGGAUGUACUUCAAUGGUAGUUUAUAUUACAUUUCUUCAAACAAGAAAUCCUGGCAAGAAAGUAGAAAUGACUGUCUCCAGAGAGGUGCUGAUCUGGUGAUUAUCAACAGCAAAGAAGAACAGAACAUGUCAACAUGGCUUAGGUCUGCAAAGUUCAACAAAUCACAGAACUUCUGGAAUGUGCUGUCUCAGUCAAACUACUGGGCUGCAUUUGAGCCAAACGGUUUUUCACAAAGAGAUGAGGACUGUGCAGAAAUAAAGAACUUUCAUUUCCAAAACGCCUGGAACGAUGAAUCAUGUGACCUUGAGAGAGUCUGGAUCUGUGAGAAGAAACUGGCUACAUAA